AUGGAGAACAGAACAGAGGUGAAAGAGUUCAUCUUGCUGGGACUGACCAACAAUCCAUACCUACGGGUCCCUCUCUUUAUUGCCUUUCUCCUUAUCUACAUCAUCACUCUGGUUGGGAACCUGGGGAUGGUCCUAUUGAUUGUCUUUGACUCUCGUCUGCACACUCCCAUGUACUUCUUCCUUGGUAACCUGUCUCUGAUGGACUUUUGUUACUCUUCAUCUAUCACUCCCAUGGCCAUGGCUGGGCUGCUUAUGGGCCACAAAGUCAUGUCCUACAAUGCUUGUGCUAUGCAAAUGUUCUUUUUUUCAACAUUUGCCAAUGUGGGAAAUUACCUGUUGGCUUCCAUGGCCUAUGAUCGCUAUGCAGCAGUGUGUAAGCCCCUCCAUUACACCACCAUCAUGACAAGAAACAUGUGUGCAGGUCUGGUUGUAAGUUGCUACAUCUGUGGUUUUCUGAACGCAUCCAUCUAUACAGGGGACACAUUCAGUCUCUCCUUCUGCGAGUCCAACGUGGUCCAUCACUUCUUCUGUGAUAUUCCAGCAAUUAUGGUUCUCUCUUGUUCUGUUAGAGAUGUUAAUGAGCUGGUUGUUAUUUAUGUAGCCAGCUUUGAUAUAUUUUUGGCUCUCACGGUAAUCUUAAUAUCCUACACAAUCAUUUUCAUCACCAUCUGCAAGAUGCACGCAGGUGCUGGACAUCGCAGGGCUGUGUCCACCUGCGCCUCCCACUUCACUGCAGUCUCCAUUUUCUAUGGGACUGUUAUCUUUAUGUACCUGCAGCCCGGCUCCAGUCACUCCAUGGACACAGAUAAAAUUGUAUCUGUGUUUUACACGAUGGUCAUCCCCAUGCUGAACCCUAUGGUCUACAGCCUGAGGAACAAGGAGGUCAAGAAUGCAUUCACAAAAUGUUUUUCUGUAGGCUAA